AUGUCCCAAAAUGAAAAUUACGAGAAAUACUAUCAAACCGCCUUAAAAAAAUUCACGGAACUUUCUGAUCCUUCCACCUUACCAGCUUCAUCAAAACUCAACCAUAGGAACAUCAAGAAAGUUUCCCCCGUCAUCGAAGAACUUAUUUCAAAUUAUUCUUUAUCUUCGUCGCCACCUUCAUCUACUCCACCAUCUCAAACGUCACGACCAAUUCGAAAAAAGAAAAUCGAAUCUCCUCGUCCGAAUUCCCCCUAUGAUGAAAUCGAUUGGCCUGAUGAAAAUGACGGAUGGGUGUACAUCAAGGGUUCGGAUGAUGAUCUCGAGCAUGGUGAAUAUGGAUUUUCGCCAAAAACCUACAUAAUUCCCAGGGUGUUUGCAAAAAUUCCGAAAGCUGCGAACAAAUUUUCCAAUGUCUUUUCGACCUAUAUGUCCCCAAACUCGGGUAGCGGAACUUCCAGCAGUAGAAAGAAUGAAGAAGAGGAUACAUAUUUGCUUUUGUAA